AUGCUGCUCGCGGAAAUGAAACGAAAAGUGGGCGCGAUGAUGAACGACCGCGUCCCCGACGUCACUCUGCUAUUCCCGCGUGAAUUGAGGAUGGAUCUAUCGGAGUUUGACGUCGAGGCCAGGAUCGCCAACUACUUCAUGACUUUUGACUGUUUGGUCGAGGACAACGGAUUGGCUGGCAUGUUGGGCCGAGGGCCAGCUGUCGGCGAGGAAGGCCGUCAGCGUAUGAAGCUACGAUGCAAACUGCUGCUGCUGAGCAACGUGACGCCGGAGAUGUUGAAGAUUGACUUGAGCAGGCUGGUCGAGUUGACUCACCGUGAGGCGAAGGUGAGCGACCUGGCCCUGCACGACUUGAUGAUCGAGCGAGCGACCAGACAACAGCAGUACCAUCUCAUGCAGUCUGAGAUGAAGCAAAAUUCAGCUCCGCGAGUGAAGGACUCGGCCACAGCAGGAGGAAAGGCGCAGCAGCGCCCGGCUAAGCCGCAGUCAAAGCCACCUAGCACCAACGGUGGCAACCGCGGUUCUGGGGACCAGCGCAAGCCCCCUCGCGAUGGAUGCCUGAUCUGUAAAGGGCCGCAUUGGGCUCGGGACUGCCCAACGGCGUCUGCGGAGCAGAAGGCUGAGGUUGCAAAGAAUCUGCGCGAGCGGAAAGGCCAGUAGCCCGAUCGUGUCAAGCGGGUCACGGCCGAUGACGAACCAAGCUUCAGGACCGCUGUCAUAAACAGCGUGUUGACCGUGCCGUUCUGCCCAGACACGGGCUCAGAUGCGAACAUCAUUGGACGGCCAGGGCUUGGUGAACUUCGGGAGCUGGUGCCUGAUCUGCCGACCGUGAGAGUGCGAGCCGCCACUGCAGGUGAUGGCUGCAGGUGGCAACGCUAUGUAUUGCCACGAACGGGUGUACGUCGACCUGCGGAUCGUGACGGCGGCAGGGCCUCUUUGCUUGUCGAACAUCGAAUGCUUGGUGCUUGAGGCACCAGAGGAGGAACUUCUCGUUGGUAGAGCUACCCUCCAGUCCAUCGGUGUGGAUCUUGAUGGGAUAUUCGAGCAGCUGGUGCAGCACAACCUCGGGGAGGCCGACGCCG